UGGGGGGCGGCUGUUGAAGAGAAAGGGGAGGGAGAAUUUUUAUUGCAGGCGCGGAAACGUGUCACGCGGUAUACGGCGGUUCGAUUUUUGAGUUUGGAAAAAUUUGAAAAUAUUACUAUAGACUAACAAAAAAUAUUUUUUAUACUAACCCUGAUCUCGGUUUACGGAACAGAAAUCUCGACAACCAAGAAUAUAUAUAUAUAUAUAUAUAUAUAUAUAUAUAUAUUUUUUUUUUGGGAUAUUAAUACAACUAAAUUGAAUUUAAACGGAAAUUAACUAAUUAAAUUAAAAUUUAUUAACUAGCAAAUCGGAAAGCAAUGAAAAUGCUUUUUGAAAUAAUAUCAAGAAAUUUUUAUUUAUUAAAAAUUUUAGGAUAUUACAGAGAGAGAGAGAGUUUACUCGAUUAUAAUAUUUUUAAACCAGCAAUUUGCCAUUGUUUUGAAAAAUAUUUCUCAAGUGCCAACUAAACGCGAAAAAAUAAAAGUUUAUUUUAAAAAAAAUAUUUUACAUCGAAACAAACGGAGCCCGCAUAUCAUGACUUCAAUUUCUUAUGCUCUUUGCCCUAGCUCUCACAAGACACACGUGCACUAAAGCCCCGUUCGUCUAAAUAAGAACAAAAAAAUAUACUAUUUAACUUAUUUAGCGAAACAAGACUAAAUAGGAUCUACACACUCCUCAAGAAAUUCACAGACCCCAUGCAUCACAAGUGCUCUUGGAGCAUGCACAGAUACCCAUGCGGAGCCAUUUAAUACACCACCACCACCAACUCUCUAGAUCUCUUUUUUUCGUUCUUUUUCUUUGAUAAAUUGCAUUUACUGUGAGAAAAAUCCGAACACAAACACUAUAUAUGCCUCAUCUAUCUCUAUAACGGUAAAGCAUAAACAGAGGAAACAGAGAAAUAUGGCAACGGAAAGAAAAGCUGAUCAUUACAACAGCCUACUCUCUCUCAAGAACCUGCCGAUCCGCAGCCAUUUCAACACCAAUUCACCACUUUUAUCCGCGCGAAACGUACUGCAACUUCUACUGGUGCUGGUUCUUUGUACUGGUACUUUUGCUGCCUUCUCAAAAUCCAUCGUCAAGACUCUGCCUGGUUACGCUGGAGAUCUUCCCUUCAAACUUGAGACCGGAUAUGUGAGUGUGGGGGAGUGGAAUGACGUGCACCUAUUUUACUACUUCAUAGAGUCCGAGGGAAAUCCGAGAGAAGACCCUCUUAUUCUUUGGCUUACUGGAGGACCUGGUUGUUCUAGUUUCAGUGGACUUAUUUUUGAAAUAGGACCUUUACACUUCGAAAAAAAAUAUUUUGAUGGACAGUUUCCAAAUUUAGCACUGAAUCCGUUUUCAUGGACAAAGGUCGCCAGCAUAAUAUUUUUAGAUGCACCGAUCGGCUCUGGAUUCUCCUACGCUGAUAAUGCGGAGAGUUACGUUGUUGAUGACCUAUUAUAUGCAACAGACACUUACAAUUUUCUAUUAAAGUGGCUGAUGGAUCACCCAACAUUUUUGUCGAAUGAGCUGUAUAUUAGCGGCGAUUCAUAUUCCGGCUUAAUCGUUCCAAUCAUUGUUCAGAAAAUAUACGAUGGAAAUUCCAAGGUUGGAGUACAGCGACAACUUAAGCUCCAAGGAUACAUACUUGGGAAUCCAGUAACAAGUCAGCACGAUGAUAAGAAUGCAAGAAUUGAAUAUGCCCACCGACAUGCACUUUUAUCGGAUAAACUCUACGAGUCAAUAAAACACAACUGCCAUGGGGAGUACGUGACUAUAGAUCCAGACAAUGCACCAUGUAUAAAGGAUCUCACAAUGGUCACCGAGUGCCUCGCCAACCUUUUCUACGCCCAAAUUCUGGAACCUAACUGUAACUAUGGCUCCAACAAUUCAAGUAAAUUGAAGUGGGAUAGAGGAUUUAUUGACGAGGAACCAACAGAUUUCCUACUUCUACCAGCAUUUCCUCAAUUUUGGUGCCGAUACUAUAAUUAUUAUGUGUUGUCUGAUAUCUGGGCGAACGAUGAAAGGGUCCGACAAGCUCUUCGCGUCCGAAAGGGAACAAAAGGAAAAUGGAAGAUGUGUAAUGAGUCCAUGGCCUAUACAGAAGUUGUCUUCUCAAGCCUCGAUUACCACCGAAAUCUCAGCCAUACACCUCUUCGAGCUCUUGUAUACAGCGGGGAUCACGACAUGUUAGUUCCGUAUUUGGGAACCCACAAAUGGAUAGAGUCCUUGGGUUUAACUGUUAGCGAAGAAUGGAGACCAUGGUUUGUUGAUGGCCAAAAUGCAGGGUACACAAUGAGAUAUGUAAUGGAAACUAUAGGAUACCGCCUGAGGUUUGCAACUGUCAAGGGAGCAGGUCACACAGCUCCUGACUACAAGCCUAAAGAAGCUCUUGCCAUGAUCGAAAGGUGGCUUGCUUUUUACGAUCUUUAAUGAACACGAGAUCGAUCAACAGCCAAAUCUAUUCAAUAAUUUCUUUGGUGUACGUCUAUUCAAUUCGACUUUAUUGGAUCUUUUUUUAGGCUAUUUGAAUAAAAACUGGU